UUCAUGCAUUAGAGUAACAGGGAUUACCAUGUUUCGUUCUGUAGUUUUAUUUGCGCUGUUGGGUUUGGCGGCCGCCGGCCCUGCUGUUGUCAGGAGCAGAAAGGAUAUCGAAUCCUUUAGGGAGUUUUUGGAUAGAGUGAGGAGUGGUAACGGCAACGCCGAUCGUUUCCUAUCAAGAAAGAAGGCAUUCCCGGUGGCCAACGACGAGGAACUCAGUGGCAGGUUUCAAGGAGACAUAGUUCUUGAUGAUGUGGACUACGAGGUGAUGCUUCAGGAGUAUUCCUUCGGACGGAGCGCGUACACUACUGCUUCCAUCACGACUUGGCCUGAUAAUACCGUUGUGUGGGAGUUUGGAGAUGGAGAAUUCAAUGAUGAACAGAAAGAGGCAAUCCGAGAAGGGAUCAGAGACAUCGAAGCACACACCUGUGUCAGAUUCCGUUAUCGUACUCCAGCAGACGCUGUUUACGCUAAACUUACUGGUGAGCCAAGCGGCUGUUACGCCAACGUUGGCUACAGGACAUCCCGCGGGGCACACAGCAUGAACCUCGCUCGGAACAACGUCGGCUCGGGCUGUUUCAGACACGCCACUAUCGUCCACGAGUGGAUGCACAUCCUCGGCUUCCUACACAUGCACGCCACUUACAAUAGAGACGAGUAUGUCAAUAUCCUCGAUGAGAACAUUCAGCCAGGAGCCGAACAUAAUUUCGUAGUGUACGGUCAGUCCAACGUGGAUAACUUAGGUGUGGAGUACGACUACGCCAGCUGCAUGCACUACGGUCCUUAUUCCUUCACCGGCAACGGGGAACCUACUAUCGUAGCACGAACGAGGUCCAACAGCGCCGACAUGGGUCAGCGUGUUUACGUCACGGACAAAGACUGGCUUCGCAUCAACAGACACUACAAUUGCCCAGGAGCAUGGGACUAACUGACCACAUUCUGAUAAUUCGUCGGCAAACUAAAUGUAUUAACGAACUUUCUUUAUAUUUUUAUACAAUAAUUUAUAAAAUAUACGCUUUAUUUUUCAUGAAAA